AUGGCAUUAAGGGUGGUCAUGCUUGUAGCUUUGUUAGCAACUUCUUCAGUCAUUCUAAGUUACAAAGGAGUUUACGGAGGAGGAACUUCCCUCACCAUGGAAGCAGAAGAUGUUGAGUUGGAGAGACAACUCAAAGGUAUGAACAAGCCUGUAGUCAAGAGUAUCAAGACGGAUAAUGGCGAAACAUAUGAUUGUGUUGAUUUCUACAAACAACCAGCCUUCAACAACCCAUUACUGAAGAACCACAUACCCGAGAUGAGUUCUUCUGUUCAAAAAGAGACUCCUAAAGAAGCUUUUUCUGGAGCAAAACAACCUAAUCUCCAACUCGAUGGAGGGGGUUGCCCAUUAGGAACAGUUCCAAUUAGGAGGACAACAAAAGAAGAUCUACUAAGGUGGAAAUCCUACGCAAAACCUUCCGGUAAUUUUCACCAGUUCUUAAAUGUGGCCCCUGGUACCAUAUAUGAAGGUUUUGCACUGAAGGAUGAAAACUUCAAGUACCAUGGAGGUUCAACGUGCAUGAGUAUACACAAUCCCCCAGUCUCUGCUAAUCAAUACAGUGGAGCUUUGAUGUGGGUUCAAGGUGGACAAGACCAAGUACAAGUUGGAUGGCAUGUGAAUCCUAGGUUAUAUGGUGACAACAAGACCCAUUUUUUUGGAUAUUGGACUGCGGAUGACUCUCAAAAGAAGACUGGCUGCUUCAAUGCUAUAUGCAAUGGUUUUGUCCAAGUAAACAGAGCAAUACCCAUUGGUCAAGCUUUUUGCAAAACUUCUACCUACGGUGGUGAAAUAAUUGAGUUGGCAACCUUUCUUUUUCAGGAUAAUAAAAGUGGAAAUUGGUGGGUAUCAGUUGGAGAAAAUAUGACUAAUGUUGGGUAUUGGCCAAGAGAAUUAUUCAAUACUAUAAAAGAAUCCGCUCCUGUGGUUGGUUGGAGAGGGGAGGUUUAUGCUCUCCAAGACGAAAAACCUCCCCUAAUGGGGACUGGACGGUAUAGAUAUAGAUACCCACCACCAUUUGGUGGUCAUCCAGACCACAGAAGUACUGCGUAUUUCAGAGCAGUCCGAGUUAGCGGAGAAGAUUACAUUAGAAGAGGUCCCAAUGAUAAGAGUCUUCGAGUCCACAGAAAUGCUAUCAAAUGCUAUUAUGUGCAAGAUUUUCCCUACAUUGAUGACUUUUUUAGGCAUACAUUCUUCUAUGGGGGUUCUCUGUCAGCUUGCUAG